GUUCUGAACUCCUAAGGUAUGAAAGUCUAAAGGUGAUGAUUUGGAGAGCCCCCUGCUAACAUGGACCGAAGGAAAAGACCUACGAGCCCAAGUCUCCAUAUUCCAAGCCCAUCGCGACGGAAGCUGUCCUCGAGUGGUGAGAGUUCGACCUCAAAUUCGAGUUCAAGCACAAAUACUAGUACCAAUACAAACAUCAGUGCCAGUACUGGGCUGUAUCGUCCGAAGAAACGAUAACAGUAUAAAAAAAUAUGACAAUCAUAGAUAAAAUUCGACAACAAGCA